CUUGAAACAUGUGAAAAUGUUUUAAAGUACAGAAACGAUACUGGUUCGUACGAACAGCGUCGAUUACUGAGAUGUUCUUCAAUAACGCAAGUGAAAUCAAAUAUUUCAUUUCCACUAAGAAAGGAAAGAUGGAAAAUACAAAUAAAUUAUCAAAUCUGGAUAAAAUCUUACUAAAAUUAGUGUUUCAGGUGGACCAGGGUACACAACUGCAAAAAGAAGUUAAGCAGCAGAUUCACAUAUAUUCAGCAAUUAUUGCAAAAAAGAGACAACAUAUUGAUGAACUACAUGUAAAACGUAGCCAUUUUGAUGAUGAAAUUAAUCGAAUGCAAAGGAUAAGUGCACAUACCAUGGACAAUUUUAAAGUCUGGAAGCCAACUUGUUUGCUUCUAACACAGCAUGAAGAUCAUUUUGAGAAGCAACUUUUAGAAGAACAUGCUAAUACCAUCAGAGAUAAGCAAAUGUAUCAAGACCACUUAAAACAAUAUAGAAAGAUUCUGCAGCAGCACCAGUCACAGUAUUCUACAUUUUCCCAUGCGAAGGAGUAUUUAAAAAAAAAAGCAGCAUAUGAAGAAAUUCGAUGUCAAGUACUGAACUACACUGAGCAAAUGCAACAGAAGACACAAUUUCUGGCAGAUCUUCUAGAUUCAUCAUCUUUUGGAUCAUUGAAUCAAUGGGCUUUAGAAAUGUAUCUAUUAAAAUUCUUUGUUACUGUUACAUUUGGUUUGGUUUAG